AUGGCCGCAAGUAAUGGCACUUCGCCACUACAGCACCCGUUCCCACAACCCUCCCCUCCCAUGAACGCCACCAUUCACUCGCACCCCACCCCUCCAGCGCCCACUACAAAGGCUCACGUGUGGACCGGUAUCAUGGACUACAAGGAGACGCCCUUACAGCCGGGACCGAGCACUGGCUGCCCACGUGACACGCAUAGCCUCUACUGCAACAUCACGUGUCAUGCGGUGAAUGGUGUGCCCGAAGUGUAUGGCCACGAAUGGCCCCAACAGUUGCUUCUCUCGCUUGUUCCCAAACAACUGAUUAUGAGUUUGUUUCCGAUGCUUAAGAGCAGCGCAUACCAUAUAACUCUGCACUUUGCCGAUGACCAGCACCCGGGUCUGUCCAAACUGAUAGCAAUCAUGAGCUCGAACUGGAUCGGAUGCAUUCAAUUGGCUGGACUCAGUAUCCGCAUGAUUAUAGUGCUGUACAAUCCCGACAAACGUAUAUUCAUGGGGUUUGUACCGCACAAUCAACAGGAGUUCUUCGACACCAUGAAAGAGAUCGUUGAGGACCAUAAGAAGCGGAAAAAUGAUCCCACAAUGAGUCCGACGAUAAUGCCAUCAAUUGAUCCCAAAGUAGUGUCUAAUAGGAGCAGAGAAAUGGACGCAAGAAGUAGUCAAGUCUUCGACAAUGACUUCGUAAAUGAGAUUAAAAAUGAAAUGAAAGCCGAAAUCAUGAGAGAAAUAAAAAGUGGAAUAAUGUCUGAAUUUGCGGUUAAACUCAAGAAUGAAAUCAAAUGUGAAUUGAAAACUGAAUUAUUGCUUGAAAUUGAAAGUGAAGUCAAAUAUAAGAAAAUAAAGACUGAAAGCAAUUGCGACGACAAAGACUCUAUGCAUUCAAAUGACUUCUUAGCACUCGAUUACCUCUGAUUGAUGCCAACAUUCAUAUCAGACUUUUUGAUCU